AUGCUAAUAGGUAGCAUACUGGUGUGGGUCAUCAAAAUAAAUUUUGUUUCAUCAUUGUCAUGUUAUCAAUGCAACUCAUCGCAUCAUUCUAAUUGUUUGGAGCAUUUAGUAGAAUUAGGCAAACAUUCUCUCCAGCCGACACCAUGUACAACAUAUGGAGCACGAUUUUGCAUAAAGACUACAGGAAUUUAUGGUGCUGUUAUGGGUAUAACACGAUUCUGCAGUGCAUGGGAUUUAGGGAAUGAAUGUCAGUAUUUAGAUUUUCCCGAUCACGAUAGGAUAUAUCGUGCAUGUGUUUCAACUUGUUCAACAGAUGCCUAUUUUGUUUCAUCAUUGUCAUGUUAUCAAUGCAACUCAUCGCAUCAUUCUAAUUGUUUGGAGCAUUUAGUAGAAUUAGGCAAACAUUCUCUCCAGCCGACACCAUGUACAACAUAUGGAGCACGAUUUUGCAUAAAGACUACAGGAAUUUAUGGUGCUGUUAUGGGUAUAACACGAUUCUGCAGUGCAUGGGAUUUAGGGAAUGAAUGUCAGUAUUUAGAUUUUCCCGAUCACGAUAGGAUAUAUCGUGCAUGUGUUUCAACUUGUUCAACAGAUGCCUGUAAUUCAGGGAUACAGAACAGGACUGCACUUUUCUCGAUUAUUCUAUCUUUGUACAUAUUCAUGUGUUUCUAUUCAAUGACAAAUAUUUGA